GCUCUUCGCUCCCUCUCCUUCUCCUUCUCCAUCUCAACUUCCACGCCUAGCAGAUUUCUUAAUUUUAUAGUAGAGGCCUUGGCCCUUACUAUCUCGUGCAAGAAAUCGGAUUAUGGCCAUAGAGAUUGAGCAACCCUCCGUUGGACUCUCAAAAGUUGCAGUUUCUGAAACUCACGGAGAGGACUCCCCAUACUUCGCAGGCUGGAAAGCUUAUGAUGAAGACCCUUACGAUGAAUCAUCUAAUCCAUCAGGAGUCAUACAGAUGGGACUGGCAGAAAAUCAAGUUUCGUUUGAUUUGUUAGAAGAGUACUUGGAACAGCAUUCAGAAGCAUCUAGCUGGGGAAAGGGAUCACCAGGGUUUAGAGAAAAUGCCUUGUUUCAAGAUUACCAUGGACUCGAAUCUUUCCGACAGGCAAUGGCAGGUUUCAUGGAGCAAAUCAGAGGUGGAAGAGCAAAAUUUGACCCUGACAGGGUAGUCCUGACAGCAGGAGCAACUGCUGCUAACGAGUUGUUAACCUUCAUUCUAGCCAAUCCUGGUGAUGCUUUGCUAGUUCCAACUCCAUACUAUCCAGGAUUUGACAGAGAUUUAAGGUGGAGGACCGGUGCAAAAAUUGUACCGAUACACUGUGAUAUCUCAAACAAUUUCCAGAUCACUACUCAAGCCCUGGAAGCUGCAUAUGAGGGCGCAGUAGCCAUGAACAUCAACGUGAGAGGGGUACUUAUAACCAAUCCUUCAAAUCCACUAGGAGCCACAAUCCAGCGCUCUGUUCUGGAAGAGAUUCUUGAUUUUUCCACCCGCAAAAACAUCCAUCUCGUGUCCGACGAGAUCUACUCAGGAUCCACCUUCUCUUCAUCUGAAUUUAUAAGCAUUGCUGAGAUCCUUGAAGCUCGUGGAUAUAAAGAUUCAGAAAGAGUUCACAUAGUUUACAGUCUUUCUAAAGAUCUUGGUCUUCCAGGUUUUAGAGUUGGAACUAUAUACUCAUAUAAUGACAAAGUUGUCACCACUGCGAGAAGGAUGUCUAGCUUCACAUUGAUUUCUUCUCAAACACAACAUCUCCUGGCUUCCAUGUUGUCUAACAAGAAGUUCACCGAGAAGUACAUCAAGGAAAAUCGAGAGAGGCUAAGGAAGAGAUAUGAAAUGAUAAUUCAAGGAUUGAGAAAUGCCGGGAUAGAGUGUUUGAAAGGUAAUGCUGGGUUGUUUUGCUGGAUGAAUUUAAGUCCAUUGUUGGAGACACCAACAAGAGAAGGUGAAGUGGCUCUUUGGAAGUCUAUCCUUCAUGAAGUGAAGCUAAAUAUAUCUCCAGGCUCUUCUUGCCAUUGCUCUGAACCUGGAUGGUUUAGGGUAUGCUUCGCUAACAUGAGCGAGGAGACACUUGAAGUCGCCCUCAAGAGAAUACACAAUUUCAUGGAACAAAGGAAAACAGCACGCCGUUGAAUUUCCUCUACAGCAGUAGUCUCCAUUUUUUUCCAAUGGCCCCACCCAUUUUGAUUCUUUUGGAUGACAAAGACCUCUCUGCAGAGUUGGGUUUGUCUCGUUCUAGUGUAUGUCAGAUUGAAAUCAACCACAUAUAUAAAUAUAGCAAAGCAGGAAAACAAAGAAUAUUUAUACACACACACACACACCCCUCUUUGCAGAGUUGGGUUUGUCUCGUUCUAGUGUAUGUCAGAUUGA